AAAUCUAUUAUUAUAGAAAUAAAAAGAAAAGACAUAAAACCCACAUUGAAACAGCAGGUUCCAUGGAAAAAGACAAUACAUCAAAUGAUUUAUUUAGCAAUUUACCAAAAGAAAUUCUUGGUCACAUAAUUUCUUUUCUACCAAAUGAAUCAUCAAUGGAAACAAUCCUCAUUUCUACAAGAUGGAGAGACUUAUGGAAUGAAGCUAUUAUUAUAUAUGGAACAAAACAAGACAUCACUAGUGUUGUUGCAAAAUUUCUUACAAGUUUUGAUGAUUUUGAUCCAUUAAAACAUCCAAGAAAGCUUCAAUUCUAUUAUGGUGAAGAUAAUGUAUUAUUAGCUACUAUUGCAAAUAAUAGUAAGCUUCUACUAGAUUUCUCUCCUUUGAAGAAAGAGUUCAUUGAAAAUAUUCAAAUGCAUUAUGAACUUCAAUUUAAGCUCAAUAAGCAACAAAAGAUAAGCUACAAAUCUUUUACUUCCAAUAUUUUCUCACUCAAAUCUCUUUAUUUGAAGUCAAUAAGCUAUUUGACUAGUGAUGUAGCUUCAUCUAUUAUUUCAAGAUUGGAUCAUCUUGAGAAUUUGGUAAUUAUUUCAUGCAAUGGAUUGAAAUUUUUGAGCAUUGACUCUAAUUUUGAGCUUAAGAAGUUAACUAUCUUGGAUUGCUUGCAAUUGAAGUCUCUUCACCUUAAAACUUCUAAACUCAAAUCAUUUCAUUAUAGAGGACCUCUUCCUUGGAUUUUGCCUGAAUUUCAUUUCAACCUUAGUUAUGCCAUGCUUGAUUUUAGACUAGGACCAAGCUGUGGUAAUAUCACAACUAAGGAUUUUGAUGCAACUUUAUUAACCAUAAAGAAUUCUCAAGUUCUUACACUUUGCAGAUGGACUUUUGAGGAAUUAAUAUGGCCAUCAAUUUCUCCUCCAUAUGGAUGCUUUAAUUUCUAUGAAUUAAGAGAGUUAUGGUGGAUUGAUAGCUAUUAUAAAGAUGAGUAUUCCAUGGAUGCAUUAGUCAUUUUCUUGAAAUUAUGUCCUUCCUUGGAGCAACUUUUUGUGACCAUUGAUGAUGAAAGUUAUUCAGCUGAAAGGUCCAAUUCAUGCUUAAUCCAAGCAACUAAAUGUACAAAACUAGAGCAUCUAAAAUUGAUAAAGUUUAUGGGGUUUACAAGUAGAAAAGAUGAAAUUUUAUUGGCAAAAUAUUUUAUUCAUCUAAUCAAGGGAAAGCUUCCAAAGAUAAACACUUCAGAUGGAAGUUGCUUGGAUUUAGAGUUCAUUCAGUGAAGUCUUGCAUCUAGCUACCACAGCUUCAAGUACCAAAAAAAAAAAGAGAGAAUAAUUAAUAAAUUUAUUAAUUAUGAAAUUAUAAACAAGUCAAUGUCCCACAAAUAUAGGAAAGGUACAAAUAAAUUGAUUUGAUCAAUUAUGAGGAGAAGCAGAGCAAGUGGUGUAUUAAUCUAAACAAUUUUCUUGUAAUAUAGUCUUAUUAUAAGAAUCUAAUUCAAUUU